AUGGAUCUCUACCGUAGCACAUUCGCUGGACUACUGCUGUUGAACAGCGUGGUCUUCAUUCGUUCCUACCGUUCCAAGACAGGCUCAUUCGCUGAAGCGCCAAACAACUCAGAAAAGGUCGAGCAUCGAGGAAGAGAAGACGACGAUGCGGAGAGAGUACGACAAUUAAAGUGGAAAUUCUUGCCCGUGUUCUUGCUGGUCAACGGCGCGGACUGGCUCCAAGGACCGUACAUCUAUCCUAUCUACAAAGAUGAAAAGGGCCUCGCGGAAAGCAUGGUAGCUCUCCUCUUCAUGGUGGGCUUCCUAUCAGGCGGCAUCUCUGCCUCCUUCGCUGGAACCAUAGCGGAUCGCUUUGGCCGCAAAGCAGGAUGUCUCGCCUACUGCGUCAUCUACUCUUGUUCUUGCCUCACGCUUCUUACCGACCGGAUUGAGGUUCUCUUCCUGGGUCGCAUCCUUGGUGGAGUCUCUGGAACUCUGCUGUACAGUGUGUUUGAGAGCUGGCUGGUCGCAGAGUACAACAAAUUGAUGAUCGACGACGAAGGAUCGGCCUUGAGCGGCAUCUUCAGCAUGAUGACUACCCUGAACAGCUUCGUCGCGAUCGUCGCUGGUAUUGUGGCUGGAUGGUUAGUCGACCACGUCGGCACGGCUAAAGCACCUUUCAUGGCUUCGCUGGGAUGUAUGUCGAUCGCUUUCAUCGCCAUCUCCAAGACUUGGUCUGAGAACUAUGGCUCCCGACAGGAAAGCUCUGCGGAGGCUACGAGCCUGCUCGCAGAAGAGGCCAAGGAGGAGCAUGUGCAAGCGCCUGCAAGAUCCGCUGUGCAGCUCAUACUCGGAGACAGAAACAUCCUCACUCUGGCACUGACGUCGUGCUUCUUCGAGGGCACACUGUUCUUGUUCAUUUUCUUCAAGUUUCCGGCAUUAAAACUCUGCCAUGAGCUCUCAGGAUCCACAACCGACUUGCCUUUCGGCCUGAUCUUCGCCAUCCUCAUGUGUUGCAUGAUGUUUGGCUCUAUGCUAUACAGCAAUCUCUCUGCUUCAGCGUCGUCACUGCCGACCAAGCAGAUCCUCAUCUACACCCUUGUCGCUGCCUCGCUCUGCUUUUUCCUACCCGCGCACAUCCGCGAGGAAAAUGUGGUCCUCUGGUGCUUUUGCAUCUUUGAGGUCUGCUGCGGAAUCUAUUACCCAUCCAUGGGGUCGCUCAAGAGCAAACUAAUCGAGGACGGCAUGCGUGCAAGCGUCUAUACCAUUCUGAGAGUACCCCUCAACGCCUUCGUUGUUCUGGCUCUUAGUAUGACGCAGGAAGGCGAGCAUCACCGCAACAUGGUCUUUACGCUCUGCAGCGGCUUGCUGCUAGCGGCAGCCUUGGUGGUCUAUCGCAUUCUUGCGUGA